AUGCUCUUUCACCAUUCCUUGCAGCGGCAGUUUGACCAGUCGGAGCCUCAUUCAACUGCUGUUGUGGCUGCUUCUGCUUCUGCCACAAACACCCCUGCAUCAGCAGCAGCCAACGCUGCCCAUGCUCAGCUCUCGCACCCUUCUCUCCAUAGUUCCUCAACGACGCCCUACAGCUCGUUUCAACAUUACAACAAACUACCACAACCACAAACGCAACAGUCCGGUUUCGCGCAAGAAGCCAUGUCAAGUCGUCCAUUAUCAUUAUAUCGUGGACACUCAUCACCCUCGUUAAUACCUGUUCCGUCCCAGCAUACCUACCAAGAGAAUCUGCUGCGUCGCAAGACGCCCCAAGGAACAUUGGCCGCUGCCUACGAUGCUACCCCAAUAGAGUGGUCAACAGUCAGACCGACAAAACAAAUUCUACUUCCAAUACCACAAUCUAAUGUUCAACAACAGCAAUAUCCUCAACUUGAUCAAAGUCCUCGAUGGCAAGGCGUUGGGACCCAGGGAAAUCAGUCAUGGGAGGGGACGCUGGCGCUCAGAGGGGCCGAUAUAAAUUUGGGAAGCGGCUGUAUGGAUCCGACGAUAAUGUGGUCUACCAACUGCAACAAUCAGAUUCAGAUGCCAGUAAAUGACAACUUGGAUCCAUACGUGCGUGAAUUUCUCGUACGACAAGAACAAAUGCAUCCUAUAGCAGCGGACAACAUUUAUGCUGGUGGAAAACCAUAUGGUUUCCAGGCGUACUAUAACCCUAUUACCCCCCCAACAGCUUCAUGUGAGGACAUUAAUGGUUUUAUGGAUAUCGGUCACUACAAUGAUGUUCCUCGGGAUAGUAAUUUUUAUGGCCAUUAUGGCGCUUGGGGAAACGGUAAUCCCGCUCAAAACCAACUCCCACAAGCACCAAUCUACCAGAUAAAUGCCAUAUAUAACCCACCCCAACAAAUUGACAAUGCAAACAUUUGGCAACACCAAAUUCCUGCAGUGGACUCUGUAUCGAUACCAUUUCCGCAACACCUAACGGCCCAAUAUGGCCUGUCAAUCCCGCCAGCAGGUACCCCCGAGGCCCAGCUUCAACACCUUCAGCUUGACACGCAAUCACACGGCAUGAUGAUCCCGAACAGAGUAAAUCGCGAUAAAGUGUUGGCAUGGGCCCAUGGUGUGUAUGUCAAACUCUUAGCGUCGGUGCAAGAGCAACACCGACCAACGGAGGCCCGUGCACAACCCGGGGACAGAUCACGUGUUAAUAAUGGAUCAUCGAAGCCGAGCAUGUAUCGUCACCAAUCUGUCCAACCUCAAACAAACACCUGGAGACCCAAUGGAAUACAUCCCCAAUCUUCCCUAGGUGGGCAAGCACCAUUUCCUUCAGUCCAACAUGGAAUGCAUGAUGGAUUUGCCCCGAAUAGGGGAGACGGGGAUAGGUCAAAACGGAUGCGGCCUAACCCAGCACAAGAACAAAAUCAUCCUCGGAUUGGGACUUCUUCAUCACACUCACAGUUAUUAUUUGGCAAUAAUGAUGGAUAUCUCCGCAACGACGGUGUCACAAUACACGACGGAAGUGACGAUCUGGUUGAUAACGGGAAUGUUGAGAGCUGGAAUGGGGAUCAAUAUUUGGCAAAAAAACAACCGGUAGAUUGCUAUUCUGCCAGUCCUCUACAUCGCGCUUCAAGUGGGAUUGGGGGAUCUGGUGGGCCUUGGCCGCUAAAUUUAUCCCCUCAUAAUGGUCUUGGCGUCAUGCCGAACCCAUCACCAGUUUCAGCCGUAGGAUUAGCUGGGACAGCAUUAGAGAUGUUGAAUGCAUAUUGUGCAGAGAGCGGCUGGACAUGGCUGGAUGGAAUGCUUUUAGGAGGGUGCUUGGCAUACGGAUUGGGUGAUUUACCUAGAGCUAUGGGGUGGUACUUUAGAAUACUGGAGGCGGAUGAAAAUCACGUUGAGGCAUUGUCAAAUCUAGCCGCAACACUCCUUUCACUGGGUCGUCGUGAAGAAGCAGAAAGGUACUGGCAUCGAGCAGUCAGAAAAAGACCUAGUUAUUUCGAAGCUGUUGAACAUCUUGUUGGGCUGCUUUGUGGCGCCCAUCGUGGCAAAGAGGCUGUUGACAUCAUUAAUUUCGUGGAAGUGUCACUACGUCGACCGGGUCGAUUUGGCGCCCGAAAUCCAAGUUUCAGCAGUUCAUCGAGCGAUGAAUCGGUUCAAACAGCAUCCGAUAUUCAUUUUGAUUAUGAUGAGGACGAUGUCAGCCGCUUUACCAGGACCCACAAUAUUAUGAAUUAUGGGCUCAGCGAAUAUAUGAUACCGGCGUCAGAAAAUGGCCGCAUGCUUGGUCUGAUACAUGCUAAGGGAAAUACGUUAUAUCAACUGGGCGAUAACGCUGGAGCUGCGAGAGCAUUUGAGCAAGCCAUAUUGCUCGGUGCAGGUAUGCAGAGAGGUGGUGUUAGAGGGUUGAUAAACCGCAUUCUCGCCGUUCUCAAGGCUUCCAUCGACGGCGUUGUCAUACCCGAUAAUUUAGUCAUGAACGCUGUCCAUGGACCAGUCCUCUUGACUCCUCAGGCCGCCAUUCGUACCGCACAUCUUGUUUUCCAGCCAAGUGGCGAGCUUCCGGGACUCCGUGAUAUCUCAAACCCGGCGGCCAAGCGAGCGGCAAUCUCAACAACCAGUAAUUCACUAUUGUCACUUGCAAAAAUAUUUCAAGAUGGCAUGUCAUCCGGUAGCACCUUGGGUGCGCCUAGAUCUACUGCAGAAGUCAAGGACAUUCUGGCACUAUACUAUCUCUCCCUUUCGCUCCAUCCAAGCCCAUCGACAGCGAAUAACGUUGGAAUCCUCCUUGCCAGCGUCCAACCAGCCUCACCACUUAUUGUGGCUCCAUCACAACACCCGCAGGUUCCCGGGAUUGGAGCGGGAGUUAGACUUGCGUUGGACUACUAUUACUACGGCCUCAACUUAGACUCACGACAUGCACAUCUCUACACAAAUCUGGGCAGUUUGCUUAAGGAUAUCAAUCAAUUAAGCGCAGCAAUUAAAAUGUACGAACAGGCAGUCACUUGCGAUCCUAAAUUCGACAUUGCUCUUGCAAAUCUAGCAAAUGCAGUCAAGGAUCAAGGAAGGAUCGGAGAAGCUAUCGUGUUUUACCGUAGGGCCGUUGAUGUUAACCCAGACUUUGCGGAGGCUGUAUGCGGCUUGGCGAACGCUCUAAACAGUGUGUGCGACUGGAAAGGGAGAGGUGGUAUAGUCAGGGAUGACAAAGAUAGAUGGCAUGUGGAUGACAACAAACGGCUUAUUGACUCUAAAGGCAAUGGCACUGUAUGCAGUGGCUGGAUGAAGAGAGUGGUACAGAUUGUGGAGAAACAACUCAAAGAGGGUGAAAGUUGGGGGAAAGGAAUUGUUUCUGGAGAUGCGGGAGAGCUCUUGCUCAGGGAGCUUGAGAGGGCAUAUGGAUCGAAUUGGUCAGAAAAAAGAAGAACUGCUUUGAGGAAAAAUGUUGAAGGUUGGGCCGGAAAGCCUUAUGAGGGGGCUAAGGUCAUUAGGAUGAUCGAACGGGCGUCUCGAAAAACAGUGUGGAGAUGGUAUCAAGAGAAGUAUGUGCAAGGGCUUGAUAAGUCUAAAAGAGAGUAUCUUAGGCCCACUGUUCCAGCAAACUUGACCACGCCGAGCGCCCCAACAGUUUUACCUUUCCAUACUUUUACUUGUCCUUUAUCCGCAAAGCAAGUUCGUCAAAUAUCUCAACGGAAUGGACUGCGAAUAUCAUGUUCGACACUUCGGGCACCAUGGCUUCCCGUGCAUGUUUUCCCUCCACCAGCGCCACCUGCACCGUAUCUUAAAAUUGGCUAUGUAUCUUCCGACUUCAAUAACCAUCCAUUGGCGCACCUGAUGCAGUCUGUAUUUGGAUUACAUAACCCAUCUCGAGCCAAAGCCUAUUGUUAUGCUACUACCGCUAGUGAUAACUCGGACCAUCGGAAACAGAUUGAGAGGGAGGCGCCAGUAUUUUAUGAUGCCCACACCUGGGGACCUGACCGUUUGGUUCGACAGAUAGUUGAAGAUGGUAUUCAUAUACUGAUUAAUCUUAAUGGCUUCACUCGGGGUGCCCGAAACGAGGUUUUCGCAGCGAGACCAGCACCGAUUCAAAUGAGCUUCAUGGGGUUCGCCGGUACGCUUGGUGCUGAUUGGUGUGAUUAUAUCUAUGCCGACUCUACAGCUGUCCCAGCUAGAACUUUGAGGCCAUCAAGGCGCAACGUUGAGCUUGAGGACGAUGGACACGAGGGCGCGAGCGAAGACAAUGAUGAUUGGGUGUAUUCAGAGAACAUAGUCUUUGCGAAGUAUACCUUCUUCUGUUGCGACCAUAGACAAAGCGCCCCGGACUCUAAAUCAAGGCAAUUAAGCUGGGAAGAAGAGCAAGCAAGAAGAUGGGCAAAGAGGAAGGAGUUGUUCCCAAAAUUGCGGUCUGACGCUGUGAUUCUUGGGAAUUUCAACCAGCUGUAUAAGAUCGAGCCCACAACGUUUAGGACCUGGCUUCGCAUCCUUGCCCGUGUUCCGAAGGCCGUCCUAUGGCUUCUACGCUUCCCUGACCUUGGGGAAACAAAUCUUAAAGACUUGGCCCAGGAAUGGGCCGGCGAAGAAGUCACUUCGCGUAUCAUCUUUACCGAUGUUGCACCAAAGCUUCAACAUAUAUCAAGGGCCCAGGUUUGCGACGUGUUCCUCGACACGCCCGAAUGCAACGCCCACACCACUGCGGCGGACGUGCUUUGGUCUGGAACGCCACUUUUAACAUUCCCUCGUCAUCAAUAUAAGAUGUGUUCUCGAAUAGCAGCAAGUAUUCUUCGAGCUGCUGUUCCGCAGACAGCAGAAGGGAAAGCAACUGCAAAUAGUUUAAUAGUCGCUAGCGAAGACGAAUAUGAAGAUCGUGCUGUUGAAUUGGCAAAUGGGCUGGUUUAUGGAGAGGAAGGAAAGGGAAAUGGAGAAUUGAACGAUGUUAGAAAGGUCCUGUUCGAGCACAGGUGGAAAAGCGCGCUGUUUGAUACAAAGCGUUGGGUUAGCGAUUUAGAAGAUGCAUACGAAGAAGCAUGGAAGAGAUGGGUAAAUGCGGAAGGUGGGGACAUCUACUUGGAUGACCUGAAAAGAAAGUGA